GCCUGUGCACGGUUCGCGAACACCGAGUGUUGUGACUAUGAGUGCGUGACGGUACGACUCGGUUGGCCCCCACGUCCCCCGUUAGCAUCGCAGCGACUACUCAGGAGGAACGUGACUACGGACCCUAGAUAGCCAGAAUGGAGGCAUCACGGUGCUCCGUAACUGUACUGGGGAUCGUCUGGUGUCUGGUUCUGAACUGUGGCCCGGCGCUGGGCCGCAGCAUCACCAGUCUCGAGGCACCGAGCGGCUGCGAGUGGAAGAAAGACGGCGACGACGGCGAGAAGGAGCUCGAGUGCAAGGUUCGGACUAUCGCCAACGUGCCCGGCUUAAUUGGCAAUCUCUCGGAUAUUCAAGAGGACUCGAUCAGCUCUCUGGCCUUGAACUGCAGCGACGUGCUCUUCUUCGAGAGCCAGAUCGACGACCCCCACGGGUUCCUCUCGCCCCUGCCGCGGCUGGAAAAGCUACGCGUCGACAAUUGCAAGAUCCGCUAUCUGCCCGGCGGUGUGUUCGCGUCCGCCCACAAUUUGCGUAGCCUCGCGGUGAGAACGCGCAACGGCGACUGGUCCGCGAUGACCCUCGAGAUGCACAGGGACUCGCUGCGCGGCCUUAGCAGCUUGCAGCACCUCGAUCUCUCCGAGAACAACCUAUGGACGCUGCCGUCGGAGCUGCUGUGCCCCGUAAGGUUUCUCUCGAGCCUGAACUUGACGCGCAACAAGUUACAGGACAUCGUCUCCCUCGGCUUCUCCGAUAUGGUCGAGUCGUGCACGCCGAGCCUCGAGGUGCUCGAUCUGAGCUGCAACGACAUCACCGCCCUGCCGGACCGCACGCUCAGCAAUCUCAGGAGCCUAACGGUGCUGAAGCUGCAGGAGAACGUGAUCACGAUCGUGGACGAUCACGCGCUCGCCGGACUGACCGCGCUCCGUUUGCUGAACAUGUCCAGCAACAGAUUGGUCGCCCUUCCGCCCGAACUUUUCUCCAGGACCAAGGAGUUGAGGGACUUGAUACUGAGCAACAACUCUUUGGCCGUUCUGGCACCGGGACUGUUGGAUAAUCUGAUCGAGCUACAAUUGCUCGACAUCAGCAACAACCAAUUGACGAACCGCUGGGUGAAUCGGGACACGUUCUCCAGGCUGGUCCGCCUCGUCAGCCUCGAUCUCUCCUUCAACAGGCUGACGAGAAUCGACGGCCAUGUGUUCAAGAGCCUGUACAGCCUGCAGAUUCUGAAGCUCGAGAACAACGACAUCGAGACCCUGGUGGACGGGUGUUUCGGUUCUCUGACGAAUCUGCACUCGCUGGCUUUAUCGAACAACAGAAUUGCCAGGUUCGAUCCGUCGCACACGGUCGGCCUGGCCACUCUCGGCCAGCUGUUCCUCGACACGAAUAGAUUGAACACGGUGCAUCGUCAUGUGUUCGACAAUCUGACCGACCUCCAGGACCUUUCUCUCACCGGAAACAAUCUAACGGAGGUGCCGCACGCGGUACGCGCGCUCCACUCGCUGAAGACCCUCGACCUCGGCAGCAACCACGUGUCCAGAAUCGAGAACGACUCGUUCGCCGGUUUGAGAGAGCUGUACGGUCUGCGGCUGGUGGACAACAGACUGGAGAACGUGACCCGGGAGGCGUUCGCCGCGUUGCCCUCGCUGCAAGUGCUGAACCUGGCGAACAAUUACAUCCGUCACGUGGAGCAGAGCGCGUUCGCGAGUAACCCGGCGUUACGGGCGAUCCGAUUGGACGGAAACCAGCUGAUCGAUAUCCGCGGCGCGUUCACCAGCCUCUCGUCCCUGGUCUGGCUGAACGUGUCCGACAAUAAGCUGGUCCGGUUCGACUACAGCUAUCUGCCGAGCAGCAUAGAAUGGCUGGACAUACACGCGAAUCAGAUAAGCGAGCUCGCGGAUUAUUACAUGUUGCGGAACACGUUGUCUAUAAAGAUGCUGGACGCGAGCUACAACCAGAUCUUGGAGAUCUCGGACGCGAACGUGCCGGACAGCGUGGAAACGUUGUUCCUGAACGACAACAAGAUAGGUAAGAUCGGCGGCGGUACGUUCCUGCAGAAAACCAACCUGGAGAAAGUGGUGUUGUACGGGAACGAGAUAAAGCAUCUCGAGCUGGCCGCCCUGACGCUGCAGACGGUGCCGGACGACGCGGAGCUGCCGGAGUUCUACAUAGGGAACAAUCCGAUUGUGUGCAACUGCAGCAUGGAAUGGUUGCCGAGGAUCAACGAGAUGGCCCGUCUGCGCCAGCAUCCCCGGGUAAUGGACCUGAAGUCGGUCACGUGCGAAAUGGUGCACGCGCGCGCGACACCUCGCCGACCGCUGCUCUCCCUGAAGCCGAAGGACUUCCUCUGCCGAUACGACGCGCAUUGUUUCGCGCUAUGCCAUUGUUGCGACUUCGACGCGUGCGACUGCGAGAUGACCUGCCCGGACAAUUGUUCCUGUUACCACGACCACAGCUGGUCGAGCAACGUGGUCGACUGCUCGAACGCCGGCUACAAACACGUACCGGAGCAGAUUCCCAUGGACGCGACCGAGAUCUAUCUGGACGGGAACGAUCUCGGCGAGCUGGCCAGCCACGUGUUCAUCGGCAAGCGUCAGCUGGAGGUGUUGUAUCUGAACAACAGCGGGAUCGCGGCGUUGCACAAUUGCACGUUCAACGGCGUGAGAGCGCUCCGAGUUCUCCAUCUCGAGGACAACUCGUUGAGGGAGCUGAGGGGAUUCGAGUUCGAUCAGCUGGAACGUAUGUCCGAGCUGUAUUUGGAUCACAACGCGAUCGCGGCCGUCGGCAACACGACCUUCCGCAAGAUGCAGAGCCUGGAGGUGUUGCGGCUGGACAGCAACCGCAUCGUCGACUUCCGGCCGUGGGACGCGUUGCCGAGCGUCGGGGACAAAGCGAAGGUCGCCCUCGAAGGGAACACUUGGAGCUGCGAGUGCGGCAACGCCGCGAAAUUGCGGGGAUGGCUCGCCGAGCACCGCGGCGAUCCGGAGAAGAUGUACUGCCGCGACGGCGUCGAGACCCUCGCGCAAGCUAUGAAGCGUUGCGGCGAUCCGUCCACGGAGGCCGUCAGCCGCGGCAUUCAGGAAAUCCCUCUGCUGGGUGGCAACUUUGUGCCGCUUUUAGCCGGCGCCUUGGUGGCUGUGAUCGCGAUCUGCCUGUUCGUCGCGUUGGCCUUCGCUUUCCGGCAGGACGUGCGUCUAUGGGCGCACGCCCGUUACGGUCUACGACUUGGCAAGAUGACCACGCCGCCGGACGAGGAGAGGGACCGCCUCUACGACGGUUACAUAGUCUACAGCGAGCGGGACGAGGACUUUGUCUCCAGGUUCCUGGCAGCCGAGCUCGAGCAAUCCGGCCUGGCUCUUUGUCUGCACUGGCGAGACUUGCCGCCGGCCAGGCCGCAAGAGGCGGUCCCGCCGGCCGCCGCGGCCGCCAGACGCAUCGUGAUCAUCUUCUCGCCGGUCUUCCUGGCGAACGAGUGGCAGCACGCCGAGUUCCGGGCCGCCCUUAGGACAGCGCUGGAGAACAUCAGACCCAGCUCCAGGAAGAGGCGAGUGGUGGUGCUGUUGGCCACCGAGGCGCCCGCCCGCGAUCCCGAGCUCCAGCUGCUUCUGCAGACCUGCACGGUCGUGAUGUGGGGCGAGAAGAGGUUCUGGGAGAAGCUGCGGUUCGCCAUGCCAGACUCGGUCGGCAAACGGCGGGACAGCAAGAAGGUGAACGACCGAAAUCGCACGCCGGCCCGCUACACCGCGGCCCCGUCCGCCGGCGACGUGUGGACCAAGCCUAAUGGCGUUUUGGUCGCACCGGUGCACGCACCCACGCCCACGCCCACGCAGUCCACCUAUGUCAGCUCGGCGUCCAGCAGGACCGAGGACGAGGACAGCGGCGCGGAGCACCAGCACCAGCAUCAGCACCAGCACAGCGGGUACAGCGCGCUCCACACCGGAAGCGCCAGGCCAGCCAGCCUCUCAUCCAGAGGCAGCCAUCUUUACAGCACCAUACCGGAACCGCCGGUGGUGCCCACCGCACCUCCUGGCGAGGUGCUCACGCAUCCGACCAAUCCUCGUACUUACUUCGUCUAGUAUAGACGGGCACCGUUGUCCUCGUUGUCGGUCUCGUCGUCGACCACGCGAAGAUCCGCCGUCUAUCGGGCCAGGGGAUGGACUCUGACGGACCCCGGCACGGAAAUCCGCUCGAGGACGCGACAGGGACGCGCGUAGGUAUUUGUACAGUUUGAUCCAACGACGAACCGACCGUUUCCGCGCGUCCGUCUGUUUGCUCUUCCACUAGAAUCCCUCCGACUGGGGAUUCUCCCUUUCGCUUCCGGCCGCCGGAGAGUGUCCCGGCGUUCGGGGGUUGGGGGAUUAGAAUGUAUCGCCUCGCGGACAACAGAGAGAGGGAGAGAGAAAAAGAGAGAG